UUGACCGUAUUGUGCCUGAUGCAACUUUUUGUGGUUUCUCUGCUCACCCCUGCUUCACAAUGAGUCAAGACUAUCACAGACAUGAUGCAAACACCCGGCUCGCCAGGCAAAUCAACUGAGAUGGAGACAAAAACAAACCCUGGAUCUGUAAACAAACAGACGACUGGAGAGAACUGACCCAAAUCUAGAGUUAAUGCACGAGAGUUAAUAUGGAGCCAAACUCGAGCAGGGAAACCUCUCCAGACAUUCUCACAAUCCACACACAUGAUGGGAGGAUUGUCACCAGAAUCAACGUUGCCACACAAACAAGCAGCAGAAAUGAGGACCUCAAAUUUAUGCCAAAGUAUGCUUUGCUCAAGAAGAAAGCAGAUUAUUAUGACAGUUCGGCACAGAGAGCUGACGAUGAGAGUGAGUUGAAGAUAUCCCCAGAUAAUGAAAUGUUGGAUUUGCACAGCAAGGGAAGUCCCCACUCUCCUAAAGCCUGCCAAGAAGGAACAGAAGAGACCUUAACUAAACUUGACAAGGGGGUGACUGAUGGAGAGUCAGGAAAAGAGUCAGUACGCACCCCUAGAGAGCCUGGGCUGAAGUCGAAACAGGAUUCACUUGGAGAAGGACACGAAGAUUAUGACACCUCAAGUGAUUUUUUGGAUUACGAUUCAUCCACCUCAGAAGAGGAGGGUGAAAAAGAAAUGAGCUACAACAGCAUCUUCCAUUUCAAUGUGAAAAAGGAGAGACUAAAGACGUUGCCGCUUAUCAGACGCUACAAAAAUGGCAAAAUAUUCAAUUUAGUCCUUCAAGAUGGAACUGGACAUGUGUGCUAUCCAUCGGGAAGUCUUGCCAUCCUCGUGGCAACAUCGCAUUCAACCAACUCGUCCUGUGUGGUGGUUCUGGAUAAUAAAAUCGAUGAGCCGCAGAUUAAGGCGCUUUUCACCAGCAGAGAGCAGACCUGCUUUCAUGCGAAUGGCAAAAUUUGGGUUAAUCUUACUUCAACAGGAGGUACGUUGUUCAGUCACACAGGAGAUCUGAAGAAACGCUGGAAGUGGCAGGACAAUGAGCAACAUGUCCACGCUCCCCCCUGCCAGCCCAUGCACCUCACCCUAAGCCCUUUCCUUAAAGUCAGCAUCAAAUCCCAGGAAGACAUCAGCAUCCUUUUCAACUCCAAUAAACACAGUGUGGAGGUCAACAAAGAGGCCAGUGUGGACGCAGAACAUGUCAGGCAGGAAACGGCGUCAGUGACUGACUCGCUUCGGUCUUAUCUGAAGCAGAAGAGUCCAGAGAUCAAGGCGCUGCUCCAGAACAUCCAGUCCCUCGUCACCGAUCAAAGCAGCCCAACUCCAUCGAAGGUCAGCCCUCAUCCUGCAGAUGGAGAGGCAGCAGCUGCCAGUGAAAAGGCAACUCUGCCAAAAAGACCCCCCAAAGCGGACAAUGUCCUUCAAUAGGAUUUUCUCAUUUGUGUGAAGCGACUUGAGCCGUGGCGUCCCUUGAAUUUAAAUUUAACGACUAAGUGGUU